GAUUUAUUAGUAUCCCCUGUAAUUAUCAAUAGUUUAACAGUAGCUUAUACUGUACCAGUUCUCAAUGAAACUACUAUCAAUAUAACAUGGAGUCCACCAUCUCAUCCUAAUGGAGAAAUUAGUGGAUUUAUUGUUAGAAUAGCUACUGAUGCUAUUACUAGCCCUAAUAAUGUUCCAUUUGUGACUGGCAAAACAUCAUAUUCUUUAAUAUUUGGAGGAUUAAAGGCAAGGAUACCUUAUUAUGUAUCAGUUGUAGCAGUCAAUCAAGUUGGUGAAGGAAAUUCAGCCACUGCUACUGUCUUCACUAAAGCUGACAGUAGUGUUACAGUAUCACCAUCAAAUGUACAAGCAAUGAGAAUAAGAGAUACAAUAGUGUUAUCAUGGGAUCCAGUGACACUAGAAGAAGCUAAAGGAUUCUUUGUAUACAGUAUCAGAUUAACUCCUGAUGAUGGUAGCACUAGCAGUACAUUAAGACAAACUAAUACAAGAACUAUAUCAGUAGCUUAUGAUACCACAUCAGUUAAUAUAACUGAUACUGAGCCACAGUUAGCUUAUACUGUGAGUAUUAGUGUAUUGCUAUUGAGUGAUGUAGGACUAAUUGAAGGACCAGCUGUGAGUGUAGUGUCUCCAUCAAACAAUACUGGUACUACUACUACUAGUAGUAGUACUAAUUCUACAUUAAAUGUUCCACUGAUAUCAGCAGUAGUUUCAGUUUUGAUUGUUGUUGCUUUGGUUUUGAUCAUUGUUUGUGUCAUUUGUGUAAUAAUUUAUAGGAAAAAGUCAAAGAAUUAUAAUAUAAGUAGUAAAACUGAUGACAUUGAUGUAACACCUAAUGCAGGAUAUGGUAUAAUUGAUAUUGUCAAGAAUACAUCGACAGAAAAUGAAGAUGGAGUUUAUGAAAGAAUAGGAGAUGAUCAGGUUUAUGAACAAUUAGAUGAACCUGAUCUGCUUGCUGCAAGAGAAAGUGCUGCUGACACUAGUAGUACAACAUAUAAAAAUACUACUACUGAGCCUAUUGUUACAGAGUCAUGAGAAAGAAAAUGAUGACAAUGUGUAUGAACUGACUGAUACUACUUCACUGUAAUAAUACCUAUCACAUACCCUUGUUUGGUGUUUAUACU